AUGUCGGAGCAGGACAAUCAUUUGAUGGAGAAAGAGCUUUGUUCAGAUUCGGGAACUGCUGACUGUGUGGAAGAAGCUUUUGUCUUCGGAGAGGAUCUGGAGCUGAACCGAUUUGAUGGAUUGCCCUUCUCCUCUCGUUAUUAUAAACUACUGCAAGAGAGAAAGUCUCUACCUGUUUGGAAAGCUAGAGAGGAAUUUUUGGAUAUCCUGGUGAACAAUCGACUUGUCAUAGUAUCUGGUACAACUCAAACUGGGAAAAGUACACAGAUCCCCCAGUGGUGUGCAGAGUUCUGCCUGUCGGCCCAGUACCAGCACGGCGUGGCAGUGUCUACCCAGAUCCACUCCCAGCAGGCGGUAGACCUGGCCCUCAGGGUGGCCGAUGAGAUGGACGUCAACAUUGGACAUGAAGUGGGCUACACCAUCCCUCUGGAGACGUGCUGUUCUACUGACACUGUGCUCAGGUUCUGUACAGAUGCCCUGCUACUGAGGGAGAUGAUGUCUGACCCCAUGUUGGAGCGCUACGGGGCCAUCGUCAUCGACCAGGCUCAUGAGAGAACCGUCAGCACAGACAUACUGCUGGGACUGCUCCAGGACAUCCUGGUCCAUAGACCAGACCUGAGGGUGGUGAUCCUGACUGUGUCCUCCAUGACAGACAGGCUCCUGGCCCACUACGGUAGUAACGUCCCUGUGGUCCGUCUGGAAGCCCUCUGUCCAGCUGAGGUGGUCUACAGUAACUGUAGUAGUAAAGACUACUUCUACUCUGCUCUGAGAUUGGUACUGGAGAUUCACCGUACCAAGGAGAAGGGAGAUGUGCUGCUGUUCUUGGCCUCAGCUCAGGAAGUUGUCUGUGCCCGUGCUAUCCUCCAGAGAGAGGGUACCAGACUGGGGGCAGACCUGGGGGAGCUGGUGCCCGUGGUCUUGUGCCCUGGGCAGGGUCGUGCACCCUCUCUCCUGGGGGAGGGGAUGGGGAGUAGGGGAACAGUUACGACCAGGAGCCGGAGGGUUUUCCUCUCCACAAGCCAGGGAGAGGACAUGUUCUGGGCUGUGGACUCUGUUAACUUUGUCAUCGACGCAGGAGUCGAGAAAAGAUAUGUGUAUAAUCCCAGGAUAAGGGCCAACUCUGAGGUACUACGACCCAUCAGCAGAUGCCAGGCAGACAUCAGGAAGCAGCUGACUGGACCGACAGGGAAGUGUUUCUGCCUUUACCCUGAGGAGAGAGUUCUCCCCGUAGAGACAUCCCCUCAGAUCCUGGACACCAACCUCACCUCUACCAUCCUCUUCCUCAAGAGGAUGGAGAUCGCAGGGCUGAGACACUGUGACUUCAUCACCAGACCAGAUCCAGAGGGUCUGAUGCAGUCGCUAGAGGAGCUGGAUUACCUCGCGGCAUUGGACGACGAUGGGAACCUAUCAGAGAUCGGGAUCAUAAUCUCUGAGUUGCCAUUGGACGCUCAGAUGGCCAAGGCUCUGCUGGCGUCCUGUGAGUUUGAUUGUGUGAACGAGGUGGUGACCAUCGCAGCUAUGCUAUCAGCGCCAAGCUGCUUCCUGGAGCCACCUGUUGGCAGGACCCAAGAGGUACACCAGUGCCACAGAAAGUUCCGGCACCCUGAGGGAGACCACUUCACCCUCAUCAACAUCUACAACGCCUUCAAAUACAGCCAGAGAGAGACAUACUUCAGCGUAGAGAAGUGGUGUCAGGACUACCAUCUAAACCACCGCGCCCUUCACACAGCAGACGCCAUCAGGUCCGAGUUGACUGACAUCCUGAAGAGAAUAGAGCUGCCCGUCUCUGAGACGUCCUUCGGAACCAAGACCAACACACUGAACAUCAAGAGAGCUCUGCUGUCAGGGUUCUUUAUGCAGAUUGCCCGUGAUGUGGACGGCUCAGGAAACUACUUCAUGUUGACCAACAGGCACAUGGCUCAGGUCCACCCUGCCUCCAGCUAUGGGGCCAAGGCCCAUCAACUGGGUUUGCCAGAGUGGGUGCUGUUCCAUGAGUAUACGCUCUCGGAAAACAACUGUAUCCGGACAGUCUCUGAAAUCUCCCCUGCAGUGUUCAUCCAGACGGCCCCUCAGUAUUUCUAUUACAACCUGCCUCCUAGUGAGAGUAAAGACCUACUACAGCACAUCCUGGACCGGGACGGAUCUGGACGGAAAGACAAGCAACAGACCCUGACAAUCAACAGUAAAGCGGAUAAGGACUGCAGUACAGUGGCUCAGUCUUAUGACAGAUGUGUGCUACAGUGACCUCUGGUGGAGAGCUUCAGCACUGACCUUCACUGAAAAGACCAUCAUCGCUGAUUAGAACAGUGGUUUUCAAACCGCUUCUCGGGGACCCCCAGACUUUUCACAAUGUUGUUGUAGCCCUGAACUAUGUCACCUGAUUGACUCAGUGAUUGGA